AUGAGGUUGGGUAUUUCAUCCACUCAGGGGUCAAUUUGCAGCCACUUUCCUCCAGAUGUAGUAUUUGUUGUACAAGGAAAACCUAUUCCGGCUCACAGAGUCGUAUUAAGUGCAAGGUCACCAUUUUUCAAGAAAAAGUUUACAACUGAUUGGAAGGAUCGCAGUGAAGUUAGAUUCUCAAGGGAAAGGUUAUCAUAUCCUGCACUUUAUAGCCUUGUACACUUCUUUUAUUCAGACAGAUUAGAGAUUGCUGUUAAUGACAUGGAGGAUCUUGUGAGAAUCUGCAAAGUAUGCGGAUGUGAAUCACUGCAUAAAGUUCUUGAGAAAGAAGUAAUUCAUCAAAAAUAUGCUGACUAUAAAGCAUUGAGAAAUGUAGACAAUUCUCAGAAACGGUAUAUUUUACAAGGUCUAUCCCUUCCCGAAGAAGACAGGCUUCCUGCUGGCUUGCAUCGAAUCCUUAAAACUGCCCUUUCAUAUUCAACCGAUGAGACUGGUCAAGAAGAUGAAAUUGAUAAAUUGGUAUCUAGGAUGGGUGCCAUGCAGAUGGCCAAAUCUCUGGAUGAUCUUGCUGAUGUUUGUGUAAAAGUUGAUAGAAGUAUUUUCCGCUGUCACCAAGUUAUUCUAGCAUCUAGGUCAGAAUAUUUUAAAGCAAGAUUAUCACAUAUGAAGGACUUCCAUGAGGGGAAAGAGGAGUUAUCUGUUGACAUUCUUCCUUGUCUUGAAGAACAUGACUUAAGCAUGGAAGCUUUUGAGAAAAUGAUUGAAUAUAUGUACACUGAACGUUUGCAAGAUAUAAAUCCAGAUCAGGCUGAGGAAAUGUUGGAUGUUGCUUCUAGAUACUUAUUGUUUCCUCUCAAGCGUGUAGUGGCCGAUGUCUUGUUGCCACACUUGGAAAGGGUGUCACCAGAAGAACUUUGCCAUUGGUUAAUACUAGCAGACAUGUAUGGGGUUUUCAAGAUUCGGGAGUAUUGUCUGGACACCAUUGCUUGUAAUUUUGAAACUUUUGCUGACACCAAAGAAUUCCGGGCAAUGUUGUUGACUUUGCCUCCACCAUCUGGAGACUCGUGCCUUCGAACCACUGUCCCCAGCAUUCCUGGAUCUUCUCUUAAUACUGAUCAAGGAAAUCUUCUUGAUGAUUUACGUGAGAAAUGGCUUGAAAUUGAAGCGGCUGAGCUUGAUAAGAGAGAUGAGAGUGCUUUGCAAUUUGACAAGCGUCUAGAGAUGCUUAUGCUUGUUGCGGAGCAAGAAGAAUCAUCAGACAAUGCUAAUGCUGUUUCAGAUGACACUCUUGCAUUUCUUCCCAUUCACCACUCUGAUCUAAAAGAAAGUUCUUCAAGAAAUAUCUACAAGAGGCAUGACCGACUGGGGAAAGGAAGAAAAGAGUCCAAGAUCACGGAGGUUUCUACGAGUGUUUUAGCUAGAACCAAGGUUAAGGAGUUUGAGGAGUUUCGUCAAGUCAAUAAGGACAUGAAGACUCUGGUAUAG